UUGGCGUGACAAUAGCAUUGGUGUUCCCUUCCCUAAUUUAUGGCACUGCGCCACAGAUGUAUAGGGUUAACUUAAUAUAUAUCGCGGCUGCUAAGACAAUUCCUCAAAAUAAAGUAUUAAUGUCGAAAACAAGCACCCACCAAAGAAGGGUUAAAAUGAUAAUUUACUUUUUUCAUAACUAACGCAGAGUUUUUGUCAUAUUUUUCUUCAAUCAUUGGAACUAAACACACUUUUCUUACUCUUUGGACCAUACUAUUCAUUGUUUUCUAAUUCCUAAGAUAGAUAAGUAAGAAUGGUUGAAGUAGCACCAGAAAAAGAUAUUGCCAGUAGUUUGUUUGAUGCAGAAAAUUAUGAUAAUGAUCCUCAAAUUGCACUUGCCUGGGCAGGUACUGCUGUGGAACAUAUGGAAAUUCAUUUCAAUCUCAUUACAUCUGUGCCUACAGAAAAGUUAAAAUUAACAAAUUGUGAUGAUGAGUUAUAUGAGGCCUUUUUAAAAGAGUUCCCCGACUUUAAGUUAGACGUGAUUAGUGCUGAAAGUUUAGAUAGUAAAGAAAAUAAACAGAAAUGGCGAGAGUUUAUAGAAAGAUUCAGUGAUAAAGUUGAAGAUGCCAAAUUUGGUACAUUAGUUCGUUUAGAUUCUACUGGUGAAUAUACGGAAGAAAAUACAAAGCUAGUGCUUCGUGUUCAGUUUUUAGCCAUAGAGAUUGCAAGGAAUAGAAAAGGAUUGAAUGAAAUUGCCAGAAAAAAGUAUGGAAAAACAAGCUGAAACUUUUAUGAAUUGUAAAUAAAAUUAUUUUUAAAGUAGAA